AUGAAAAUUCACUUUUCUAUUCUAGUUCGAGGACGAAGAUAGGAGGGGCGAUAUUCUAGGUUUAAAGUGGAAGUGGGGGGUGAGUUGAUGAGUGUGAAUUUAUUGUUUUCAAACUUAACUUUGAAUAUGAUUAAUUUAUUAUUUAUAGGAAAUGCAGAAGAUAAAUGAUAGAAAGCAGAAUGAAGUUGCUAGAAGUUCUAAGAAACGUUUCUCAAUUUCAAGGGAAAUUGCAAAUAGAAAAAUGAGCAACUCUAAUUUAUUCUCGUCGGAGGAAAGUAAAAUAAGAAUGAUAGGAAGCAGACAUUCAGUUUCAUCUAUCAAAAGCAAAUAGAAAUUGAACAUUUCAAUGAACAAAGACUUAUCUUCAGGAUCAUCAUCUUUUUCUAGUGAUUCAGAAUCGAACAAGGAGAAGAUGGACUAAUCAAUAAUUUUAAAGGACAAUAUUGGUAUAAUAUAAUAAGGCCAAUCAUCCUUUUAUUAAGUGUAGGAUAAAUUAAUAUUGCCUAAUAUGUCAUUUGAAUAAGAUUUCAUAAAUCCGUUGGAUAUCUCUGAUGGAAUUGAAAAGUCUAUUUUAAAAGUUUAGUUUAUUGAUUUUGAACAUCGAUGGGGAAUGAAAUAAGAUAUCAAUAUUCAAAAACAAUGUGGAGGAGAUCAAAUGCUCCAAUCCUAAGUAAGCGACGGGAUGUCAUCGCAACGAUCCUUAAAGAUGUCUCAUCGUAGCAAAAAAGGAGCCUUUUAAUCUAAGUUGCAAGCAGUUCAAAAUAGAGUCAAAUAACAAUUAAGUGACAGUGACGAAGAUGACUACGUUGAUAAUGAAGAGGUAGAGGAUAAGUUAAAAGGGAAAUUUAAAAAACUGUAUGAAAGAAACCCAUUUGAGGAUCCUUACUAUGUUAAGUUGAAGGAUCUGCAUGGAUUUGAAAGAUUGCAAUAUGAAAUAAAUGUAAAAUUAACAUUUCCAUUGUUAGGCUUAUAAUGAUGAUAAAAAAUUUCUGAAUUUAAGAAAAUCUAUAGUCUAUUACUCAUUAUUUAUUCCAAUCUUAUGUAAAAGGAUAAUAAGGAGUGUUCCAUUCAAAAUCAUCAUGUCCUUUCUAAUUCUUUUUAAUGUCACACUAUACAUAUACUCUUAAACCAAUUAAGACCCUCUGUCAACCAAAGAUAUGGAAAAAGCAAUUAUGAUUUGUUUCUUGAUAGAGUUGGGGAUCAGAAUAGUAGCUUCAGGUGUAUUAAUUCCAAAAGGAGCAUUCUUCAAGAAUUUUUAAGACAUAUUUGAUUGCAUUUUGGUUGUAGUUUAUGUUUUAAACAUUAAUUAUCCUGAUGUAUUCAUAGUAGAUGUAUCACCUUUGCGUGUGAUAACUUUGUUACUGUAUUUAGGAGACAUCUUUUCAGGGUUGGGAGUGAUGUUGAAGGCAUUGAAAUAGUCUUUUAGAUUUCUCUUAGAGGCUUUAAUGAUAGUAGGAUUGUUUUCUUUAUUUUUUGCAAUCACGGGAGUUUUUUUGUUUCAAGGAUUAUUUAAUUAUAGAUGUCAAUAUGAUAAUGGAGAUGAAACUGACGGAUGGGUUCAGUGCAAUUAAAAUUCAUGUUAUGAGGAAGGAAUGUCUUGUAAAUAUUCAUCAUUCACACCAAAACUUCCGACUUCCUUCAACAAUGUCGUUUAUUCAUAUGGGCAAGUUUUGAGAACUAUUACUAUGGAUGACUGGAGUUGGGUCAUGUUCUUUACGAUGAGAAUCUAUCAUCCAUGGACUUGGUUGUAUUAUUUAUUCAUUAUUUUUGUUUGUGGUUUCUUUGGAUUCAAUCUAGUUAUUGCAGUCAUCAAAAUCCAUUAUGCUGAAGCUGCAGAGGAGAAUGCAAAGGAGGAAGAAAUGAAGUAAAUACAGUAGAAGAUUAAGGAGAACAGGGAAUUGCCAGAAAGAGAUAUUAUUAAUGUUUUUGAUGUGGCUUUUUUGAGAUAUAUUGAAUUUUUUCCUGUUAUUCAAAGAUAUCGUUUGGCUUUAAAAUCCCCUUAUCGAGGCUUUAAAUUAGAAGAAAAUGUCAAUGAAAAAGGCAAUUCAAAUAAGUAAAAGGGACCAAGAAUACUGUCUGCUAAACAAAAAAAGAAUGAAGAUUAAAAUCCAAAAGUAAUAAAAUAUUAUAACAUUGUUUUAGUAAGGUUAUUUUAAAAGGUUAUUUUAUAAAAUUUAGAAUUUAACAGUAAAAAACAUUCUAUUGCCAAAAUUCUACUUACUAAAUGAGAAACAAAAGACUAUUCGUGUUAAAAGAUAUACUGAAGACGAGAUUGAGUUGUAAAUAUUAGAAAGAUUAAAGUCUUUAUAAUUCUCCUAAUUGUAAUCCUGCGUCAAUUAACAAAUUCAUUAGAAAUUUGAAAGUGAAGGAGAUGUUUUGCCAACUUUAAAGUAAAUGAGAUUCCUCUAUAAAUAGUUUGCCUGAUUGCGAGAAAAAAGAAUUAGAAAAAGAAAUUAUCAACAUGAGGAACAUCAAAAUACCUGUCGUUUAUCCUGAUAUAAAAUAAAAAAAGAUUCAAUAAAUUGUAUAUGAUAAGAAGAAACUAAGUCAAUUUCCAAUACGACGGGUAAAAAGAAUCAAAUUGAAUGAGACUGAGGAUGAAUAAGUAGAAACCAACAACUCUUUGGAUCAAAAUCUUUUUUUUUAAAAACAAAGUAUGGCACAUUCUCAUAAACUCAAAUUUUCAUAAAAUGAAGGCAAGGUUCCAUUUGCCAUAAAAAAAUAAGACUAAAAUUGGGUCCAUAUCCAAGGAUAUUAUUUAAAUUACUCAGGAGUUGCAUUAAAAAUUAAUGCUAAAAUUCAGAAAAACAAAAACUCCUAGCCUUCCAAUGAAUUCUAGUAUAGAUUACUGAGAAGGAAGGAUAUUCAAUAGAAUUAGAUUUCAAAAAAAACUUGGUCUGGAAAUGAUGUUCUCAAAUUAAAUGAGUCUAGAUUGUUCAAUUUCAGAGAGGUGUUAAAGAGGCUUAAUUUUAUCGACAUCUAAAUUUGGAUGCUUGGGUUUUAAGGUAAAAUUGAAACUCUGCGAAAGUACUCUUAUAUUUUAAUUACAUCUUAACUAAGCUAAUUAUUUUUUGAUAGCGUAAUCUUAAUCAAUUUUACAUUUCUAUCAUUGUAAGGAAUAGCUGAUUCAGUAACAAUAUCUAAUGAGGAGGAUGUUUCGACAAUAUUUCUAUGCAUAGAAUUAGUAAUUAGAUUUUUUGCUUUUUCAUUCAAAGAUAUCUCUUAAAGUCCCGAUUAUGUUCUAUAGUCCUGCAUUGUGAUUUUGAACUUCAUUGAACUUACAAUGAGUUCUGUCAUGACAAACUUAAAUGAACAGAAUCUUAGGUUGAUAAGGGGGACCAAGUGUCUUCUGUUUUAUCGAGUGUUGAAAUAUAAUAAAAUGGCAGUGGCGAUUGGACAUAUAGCUUAGAGAACCUUCAGAUAAUAUAUAUAUUUGACCUUCUUAUUUUUUUUGGUUAUCUUUGUUUAUGCUAUGAUUGGCAUGGAGAUGUACGCUGGAUAUUUCGAUUAAACUGAUGCACUAGGAUAAUUACAUUCAUAUGAUAAUAUUCUAAAGGCGUUUAUGACGAUAUUCAACAUCUUAACUAAUGAUGAUUGGUAUGGAGUAUAUGUUAUGGGAGGAAAUAUCAACUAUAUAUUUGCCGUAAUUUAUUCGUAUUCAAUGGUUAUAUUACUGAAUUAUAUAACCUAUGGUUUGGUGUUGGCUAUAUUGUUGGAUGGUUUUGGAGCUAUAGACAAGGAAAUGCAGGAGUUGGAAGAAGAAAAAGAGUAAGAGGAGGAAAAGAAUAAUAAUGAGAAACAGGAGGAAUAAAACUCACAGAUCACAGAACAAUAGGAAAUAAACGAAUUCUAAUUGAAUUUAAAUCCUUUGAUAUCAUAGAUUAAUUUAAGUGAGACCUAAUAGAAAAAGUCUAAGUAGAAUUUAGUAUAAAACUUAAUGAAAUCAAUCAGACAAGUUCAUAAGGAGAUUUUAAACAAAUAUCCCACUUCAUAUGAUGGAAUCUAAUGCAAAUAAUCGUUUUAUUUAUUUGAAAAAGAAAAUCUUUUCAGAAAAAUAUGUUGCAGAAUAGUCACUUCAAAACUCUUCAAUUAAUUUAUGGAUGUUGUUUUAUAUUUUUCAAUUGUUGUCUUUGCUUUGAAGACAUACAAUGACUAUGAGAGCGAUUCUUCAUUUUAUCCUGAAGUCUUGCAAUUCAUAGCCAAUGUUAUAUUUCUGUUGGAGAUAAUUUUCGGUAGUAUUGCAAAGGGAAUGUGGAUGAAUAAAGGAGCUCAUAUUACAUACACAUGGUAAAUAGUUGAUGUCAUCUAUAUAAUUUCAUUCUUCUUCCAUUUUUUAUCAAAUCAAAACCAAAGCAUAAUCGUGGAUUUAUUUCUAUAUUUAGGAUACUUCAGAGUGAUGAAAUUGAUGUACAGAAUAUCAUGGUUAGACACACUUCGAUUGGCAUUAGGUAGAUCCUUAGCAGACAUUUGGAAUGUACUGAUUACUAUGCUUUCGGUGUGGAUUAUAUUUGGAGUCUAUGGAAUUAUCUUAUAUGAGCAGCAGUUUGGAUUUUGUGAUGAUAAAAUGCAAUUUGAAAUUAACAAGCGGGAAUGUUUAGACUAGAACAGGACAUGGAUCAAUUAUAAACAUAAUUUCGACAAUAUCACAAUAGCUAUACCCACUCUCUUUGUAGUGUCUACUUUUGAUGGUUGGGGUGAAAUUAUGUAAAUAUCAGAGAACAGUUAGAAUCUAAAUAUAGGCCCUGAAGCAUUUAAUAGCUACAUACAUACUUACUUCUUUUUUAUCUCAUUUUGUUUUAUUGGGUCAAUGUUUUUCUUGAGUUUAUUUACAGGAGUCUUAUUUUCAAACUUGAAAGCCAAUUAGAGCAAAAUAGAAAUGUCGGAUAUCACCAAAGCUCAACUUGAAUUUAUGGAGAUCUCAUAAAUAAUUAUUAAAGACUUUCCAUUGUAUUCUUCACCUCCCACGUCUAGGAUUAGAAGAUUUGCAUCUGAUGUAACAAACAAUAAUGCUGUUCAAAAGAUUAUGUUUUGUUUAUUACUGCUGGAUUUACUAGUGCUAUUGCUCUUCUUUUCAGAGAUGGAUGACAGCUUCUUCAGAAUUUUGAAUAAUACUCACAAUAGUUUAACCUAUAUCUACAUCAUUUGGAAUAUCUUACUGUUUUAAGCUUUGGGAAUCAAUAGAUUUUUUGAUAAUCAUUGGAGAAGAUUCUAUUUCUUCUUGAUUUUAAUAGCCAUUAUUGAUAUUAUAGCUGAUUUUGAAUCAGAUUGGGCAUUGGUCUAUUUUAGAUCAUCUCCAGCUGAUUCAGGAUAUCAACUCCUUAGGUUAUUCUUUGCCAUUAGAUGUUUAAGGAUAAUUUUGAUUUUCUAAGGAUUGAUUAAUUUGUAGAGAUUAAUGAGAGUCAUGGUUUUUGCUAUGCCAUUUUUGGGGAAGAUCUUCUGUUUAUUGAUCAUAACAAUGUAUAUUUUUGCACUUUUUGGCUGUCAAUUAUAUGGAAGAUUAGAAAAAGGUUAGGUGAUGGAUGAUUAAAUCAAUUUCUAAAAUGUUGCUUAGGCCAUGCUCUCCCUUUUCAAAUGCGCAUCAGGAGAUGAUUGGAGAACUAUAAUGACUGAUACUAUAUUUUAUAACCCUUAUUGUGCGGAAGAUGAAACCUAUUGUGGAAGCAUUUAUAGUUAAAUCUACUUCUUCCUGUUUAUGUUGCUGUCCAAUUAUGUUCUAUUAAAUUUGUUUGUCUUAGGCUUGGUGGAAUAGUUUGAGCAAUUCUUUAUGCUCUAAAAUUCUAUGAUUCAAACCUAUGUUGAAAAUGUGGAUAAGAUCAAAACCAUUUGGUGUAAGUACUCUUCCGAAACUCAAGGGCAAGCAAUGCAUUACAAGUUUUUGUGUCGUUUCUUAUUGGACAUAGGGAAACCUUUGGGUGGGGGAAGUGACGAGAAUUUAUGGGAUGUCGGUAAAUUAGCUUCAUCAUUUAAAUUACAAUGGUAUUUGUUAUCAAUAAUAAAAUAGUGAUCAUUUUGGAUACAUUCAAUAUAAUCAAUUAAUAUACGAACUAUUUAGAGUUUGUUAUCAUGUUGAAGUGUUCAAGAAUGGCAAUCCUUCUUCAAUCAAGAAAAUCAAGUAAUUCAACAAGGAAAUGCAACUCCGACUGAUAUAUUACAGAAGAAAUAGGUUCCUACAGAGAAGCAACAUCAGUCCCAUCCUGCAUCUGAAAGCCAACUUCAAUAUUUUACACGAUUAUCUGACUGUCCUCAUCUUAUACAAAGCAUGGGAGGCUUACUCUAGAAAACUAAUUAAGAAGCUCAACAUCAAAUAGAAACAAUUCACUGAGGAAGAUCUGGAUGAGCAGGAUUCUUCAUUUGAUAAAAAAUCUAUAAAUAACCAAUAGUAAUUAUUUCAGUCUAUUCCUUUAGCAUUGAUUAGGAUUGUAAUUAAUUUCUUGAAGAUGACCUUACACAAUAAGUUGUAUCUAAUGAAGAACCCCGACCAGAAAAUAUUCAUCCAAACACCAAUUGUUCAGAGGAAGACCAUCCUAAAAAGGAAGACAUUCCUGUUUACAGAUGGCAGAGUGAUUAGCAAUCAGGAGGAUUAUUUGAAUCAGCCUUAAUAUCUCCAGAUUAAUCUUUCAAAAUAAGAAAAUUUUGAUUA